AUGCUUAUUUCUCAUUAUGAAAGUUUCAGGUUCCCUAAAAUUGGGGUCUCUCUUCUGCAAUACAGUUCACCGCAUGUGCAGGUACCGCCUGGCUCUCUUCGUGUCACCAUGUGGAAAUUGGGGCUCAGAGAACCAGUGCCAGAAAAUGCUGAUUCUCUGGCUACUACUGUUGCUGUGAAGGGAGACAUGGAUCUCUCUGUUUUGCCAAAUAACAACCAUCCUGACAAAUUCCUGCAGCUUGAUGUGACGUCUUUCAUGAGGAGCUCAGCCCUUCUUCAGGCCAGCCUGGUGAGGUUUCCGGGAGGGAACCACCCUGCUGCGCAACACUGGCAGAACCUCGUCUACUCACAGAGAGAGAAGAAGAAUAUUACUGCUCAACGAAUGAGGGGAUCCAGUGCGGAGGGUGCUGUGGCCGCAGAGAGCCCUCCACCAUCCCUGUCAUCAGUUCUGAAGAAUAACCCACUAUAUGGUGAUGUGAGUUUGGAGGAAGCUAUGGAAGAAAGAAAAAAGAAUCCUUCGUGGACCGUUGAGGAAUAUGACAAGCGUUCCCUGCAUACAAACCUCUCUGGGCAUCUGAAGGAAAAUCCUAAUGACCUACGGUUUUGGUUGGGAGACAUGUACACACCCGGUUUUGAUACCUUACUGAAAAAGGAAGAAGAACAAGAGAAGCAUUCAAAAUACUGUCGUAUAGGUCUGAUUUUGCUCCUUGUUGCCUGCAUCUUGGUUUCCAUAGUGACUGUUAGCACUUUUUUCACCUAAAGAAAC